CUUUCGACAACCCUGAAACAACCCGCACGGCAAACACCGGUGGCCUAGGACUCUAAGAAACCUCGGACUGCCCUCGCGCAUGUCGCCCGACGCGAGCGCUCCAGGGUGUUGAUCGCCUCGUCUCUCUUUCCUCAUUACAUGGACCGAUGACCACUAUUUAACGUGGGCGCCCUCAUGGAAAUGGUCUCCUCCGCGCAACUCCUCGAUCGCAUGCCCCUCCAAAGCACCCUCUCCGUCGUGAUUCGCGCCGGCGCGCAGGAACGUCGCUAUCUUCUCCACCGUCUGAUUCUGGCGCAAUGUUCGGGCUUCUUCAUGGCCAGCACAAGUGAAGUCUGGUCGGGCCAGACGCAAGUUCCGACAAAGGGAGAGGGCUCUUUAUCGCGCGUGAGCGAGGAUUCCUUGUCCAAUGGGUCAACCCUGGUCCAAGGUGAUCAUGGUAAAGUUACGGCGCGCGGGGGAGACAAACGGAGGUGGGGAUUUGAGCUUGAUUGGGAGACCCGUGGGGAGGACGAGGAACCAAUUCUGGUUCAAAAGGAACCCUCUCAUACUCCAACAUUUGGCGGCGAUCAACCCUCUUUUUCCUCGACAGCAACGAAACCGUCGAGCGCACAGGCAGGCUACUUCCGGUCCAUGGCGAAUUUGGCCGGAAUGCAAUCGGUAGUGCACCUACCACAGAUGGCCAGUGGUAACCAUGGCACCGUGGACCCGUUGAUACGCGACUACGACAACCUCUUCCGCGUGUUCUACAAUCACCCACCAACCCUAAACAGUGUCAACAUUGCCUCGGCCUAUACGGAGUGCAAGUCUCUCCUCGCAUUAGCAGACAUGUACGAUGCACUUCCGGUCACUGGCCCACGAGUCGACCACCAUUUACUAGGAUUCGGGUCCCGCCUGUUUAAGCAAAUCGCCAAAUACCCACCCAGCUACCUCAAGCUAGGAUAUCUGGCCCGUAGCCGUGUCAUUUUCUCGGAGGCGUUGAUCCACGUCGUGGGACAAUGGCCGGCGGCCCUGCCGAACCUACGCAACGGCUCCUAUGCCCCGUUACCCAACUCUGUUCUCGAUCUUAUAGAGGACAAGUACGAGGAUCUGGAGGACCUCAAAGCCCGCGUUGACUCUAAGCUCUUCCGUCUUUCCCUGACAACCUCGCGCGGCGAACGCGUCGGGCCAUCCAACGCAUACCUGGACUGGCUCGCCGUCUCCCUCUUCCGCCAGUGGCUUAUCGAAAACACCAAUCCCCCGCCCGCGCCAAUUCUCAAGAACCCAUCCAGCACCUCCAGCACCGCUCCCCCACCACCUGCUAUUGCGGGCUCCCAGACAACUUCCACCAAACCUACCGCGCCGCCUGACCCAACUGCUCGUGUAUACCGGUUGAUUGGAUCCCCAUCAUCACAGGCAUACCUCGCCCACGACGAAGUCAAGCGCUUCCUCAAACUCCAUCCGACACCUUCCUCCGACGCGCUGUACACGCGCGACACCCUGAAACGCUUCGAGCGCAAGAUGGAUGAGAUCAAGCGGCUGGCCCGCGAGAUCGUCAAGCCGCUGAUGCGGAAUUUCCUCGAGCUCGAGCUGAAGGGCAGCGCCGAGCAGGCUGGUGGCAGCGCCGGCUCUCACGACAGCGGUCCACCUACUGGACUCCCAUAUCUAACCUGCACGCGUGUAGAAGAGGCUGAUCUACCUUGGGACAUUUGACCUUUGAUUUACUUUGAACAAUGUGGCGUCUUGAAAACGUGGCGUACAUGACAUGAUUGUUUUGGUCAUAUAUCUUACUUGAUAUGCUUUGCAUUUGCAACUACCAUUGGUGUUGUACUUGUACCAACCCUGGCGUCUUUUGAAGAUCUUAUUUUCUUUAUCUCCCUCUCGGACUGCUGGUUUUGUCCAGGGAGAGGUAGUUUAGGAACUGGAUGGCUGUACUCCACCUAUUUUCUGCGAUGAAGUGAUGUGUAUUUGAUUGAUGGCUGCGUCUUCUAUCUGCUCUACUAGUUAAUGUGUUUACGAUAUCAUGAAUGACUUUUACACUGCUUAUUCCUUCAUAUGAGAGAGUAGAUGGUUGAAAUCGACGUGCUCGAGGGG